ACACUGUGGAUGGUAUAUAAGACGCCUUGGGGAGGCACCCCAGUUCCUAGUGGCUAUCCCGUCUUGGCCAAAAUGAGGAGUCUCCUGUUGUUUGGUGCCAUUCUGGCUGUUGCGCUCGGCACCGAGACCUUUGUGGGUCACCAGGUGCUGAGGAUCUUUGCUGCAGAUGAGUUCCAAGUGGAGAAGGUGAAGGAGCUGGAAGCUCUCGAGCAUCUUCAGCUGGAUUUCUGGCGCCACCCAAUUCACUCUGAGUUCCCCAUAGACGUGCGUGUCCCAUUCGACAGCCUCCAAGGAGUCAAGGUGUUCCUGGAAUCCAAUGGCAUCCGUUAUUCCAUCAUGAUCGAGGACCUUCAGUCACUGGUGGAUGAGGAGAAGCUUUUCAUGUCCCGCCAACAUUUUAUGCCCCGGUCGAUUGAGACAUUUAACUAUGCUUCUUACCACAAUCUGGAUGAGAUCUACGAUUUCAUGGACCUCCUGGUGGGUGAAAAUUCCAAACUGGUCAGUAAAAUCCAGAUUGGGAAGAGUUACGAGGGCCGCCCAAUCAACGUCUUGAAGUUCAGCACCGGGGGAAGCAACCGGCCAGCGAUCUGGAUAGACACUGGCAUCCACUCCCGCGAAUGGGUCACUCAAGCCAGCGGAGUCUACUUUGCAAAGAAGAUCCUUGAAGGCUACGGAAAGGAUGCUUCCCUGACCUCCAUCCUGGACAACUUCGACAUCUUCCUAGAAAUUGUCACAAACCCAGAUGGGUUUGCCUUCACCCACUCCAAGAAUCGCAUGUGGAGGAAGACAAGGUCCCAGAACAGCGGGUCAUCCUGCGUCGGAGUAGACCCCAACAGGAAUUGGGACGCAGGAUUUGGAGAGGCUGGAUCCAGCGGGAAUCCUUGCACCGAGACCUACCGUGGACCCUACCCUAACUCUGAGCCUGAAGUGAAAGCCAUCGUGGACUUUGUGAAGAGUCACGGCAACAUCAAAGCCUUCAUCUCCAUCCACAGCUACUCUCAGCUUCUCCUUUAUCCUUAUGGCUACACCAGCAAGAAAGCAGCUGAUCAGGCAGAGCUGGACGCUCUUGCUCAGAAGGCAGUCGAGGCCCUUACUUCUCUCCAUGGAACCAAAUACAAAUAUGGUAGCAUCAUCACCACCAUCUACCAAGCAAGUGGUGGAACCAUCGACUGGACCUACGAACAAGGCAUCAAAUACUCUUACACCUUUGAGCUGCGAGACACGGGCCGUUAUGGGUUCAUGCUCCCUGCGAGCCAAAUCAUCCCCACCGCUGAGGAGACAUGGCUGGCCCUGAUGGUCAUCAUGGAACACACACGAGAUCACCCCUAUUAGAACCAAAAUAGGAACUGUCAUCUCAGGAGGCAACUUUGCAGCCAACACAAAGGAGCCUCCUUGCUAAUAAUAAACGCUUGGAAUGAGUACA